AUGUGGGCGUUUAUUGAUAAUCUAUUUUACGAUCAAACGGUGGUGGAGGAAUAUGACCGGAAAAUACGACAAAAGUCGUCUUCUGGUUCGGCUAUUAUUGUAGGGUUGGUAGCAGCUGUGGGUGGAUUCAUGUAUGGAUACGAUACUGGGCUAAUCAAUGAUAUUAUGGAAAUGCAUUAUGUGAUAAACCGGUUUGCAGGUGACCCAUCUGUAGGCUUCACGGUCCAUGAGAGAGCGCUCACAACGGCGAUAUUGUCAUUGGGGACUUUCAUAGGUGCGUUGAUCGCUCCUUUGUUGUCAGAUACGUAUGGGCGGAAGACCUCCAUUAUAUUCUCUUCAGGGAUUAUUUUCAACAUAGGAAACAUACUACAAAUUUCAGCAACAAAGCUCCCCUUACUUUGUGUUGGCAGAGGAGUGUCAGGUGUAGCUGUUGGAAUAUUGUCAGCUAUCGUACCCUUAUAUCAGUCAGAAGCAUCGCCUAAAUGGGUCAGAGGUUCUAUUAUUUUCACUUAUCAGUGGGCUAUAACGUGGGGCCUUCUUAUCGCCAGUGCCAUCUGCCAAGGUACCAGAACAUUGAAGAGCUCGGGUAGCUUUAGGAUCCCUAUAGGGUUACAGUUCUUGUGGGCAUUAAUCUUAUGCGUUGGUAUGUUAUUUUUGCCGGAAUCUCCGAGAUAUUACGUCCAGAAAAAUCGUAUACAGAGUGCGUUGGAAAGUCUCUCCAAGUUGAGGAGAUUACCUUCAGAUGAUGCUGAUUUGAUAGAGGAGUUGGUUGACAUCAAAGCUAACUACGACUAUGAAUUAUCUUUCGGGAGAACAUCUCUAUGGGACUGUUUCAGGAAUGGUGGUGGUAGACACAAGCAAAUCUUAAGAAUGAUGACUGGGAUGGGGAUUCAGGCCCUACAGCAAUGUUCUGGUAUAAAUUUCAUUUUUUAUUAUGGAACUAAUUUCUUUGCCCUGACUGGUAUGAAAAACUAUUAUUUAAUGUCAUUCAUCACUUAUGCGGUGAACAUGGUUUUCACUAUCCCAGGGAUAAUAUUGGUGGAAAUCAUUGGUAGGAGGUUGUUGUUACUCGUUGGAGGGUGCGGAAUGUCUCUAUCAAACUUGAUUAUUGCUAUUGUAGGAAUCACAGUGACUAAUAACAGUAUUUCAUCGAUUAUCUGUAUAUCGUUUUCAUGCAUAUUUAUUGCAUUCUUUGCCAGUAGUUGGGGUGGUUGUGUCUGGGCAUUGUCCGGAGAAAUAUUCGGUAUCAGUAUAAGACAAAAGGCUAUCUCGGUAUCUGCCGCCAGUAAUUGGUUGGUGAAUUUCAUAUUUGCAUAUAUCACACCAUAUUUGAUCGAUACUGGGAACCAUACCGCUGCCUUGGGGAACAAGAUUUUCUUUAUAUGGGGUGGAUUCAAUGCAAUUGGUGUUGUUUUUGUAUACUUUAUGGUGUAUGAAACCAGAGGAUUGAAGUUAGAAGAAGUGGAUUUUAUGUAUGCCAAUUGCAAAAGCGCUAGAGAUUCAUCCAAUUUCAAGUCUAACCAAAAGGUUGACCAUAAUAUGCAAGAACCAGCACCAGGUUCGGACGAUAAAGAUCAUUUGGUGACCACCGGUGGUAACAGUUACAAUACAGAUGAAACCAAGUACGUUGAAAGUAAGUCACAAGACUUCUCACCUUUACAAAUGGUUCCAAUGAUUGUUCAUCCCAAAUCUUCAUCGCCACACCACAGUAUGGAAAAUGAACAAGCAACUGUUCAACAACCUCCAGUGUACCCGGCAUCAAUUGACUCAACUAGUGAUGCCUCAGCGUCUGAUCAAGUAGAUGACUACCAGAUGUAUUUGCAUAGUUUAAGAACAGAAAUGAGCGAAGGUUUGGAUACCUCGUUUACGUCUGCUUCAAUAUCAAGAGAUAAAAUGUUUAACCCUACCAAGGCUAACUUUACAGAAGAAGACAUCAAUAAGGAUGCCAAUCUUGUGAAUCUGAAGACGAUAAUUGCUGCACCAUUUUUCAACGCACCCCCAAGCGAUUCGGACACCAGUGACGAUGAAAGCAGUAAUUAA